AUGAUCCAAGCAUGCAUGGCGGCGAUCCAAGCGAAAGAUGCAUCGCACAGGAUCCGCAUCCUUAGCGCAGGACGAAUGCCAAAGCGCCUUUCCAAAUCCAUUCUUUUCGGCCGUGUAGUACCAAUGCCCGCUUUGUUUCGUACCAUCCCGCCAAGUAGUACAACACCUUAUCGCGCCCUCUCCUCCCUCCCCCAUCUUAAUUUAUGCCCCAACAACAAAGGCCACAGAACUGCAACCCUUCCUCGUAUAGCCCUGGCAAAAUCUUCCGCCAUGGACGACGGCAUGGGCGACAUGGGACAUCAUGGUAUGGCGCCCAUGGGCGAUAUGGGACAAGGCAUGGGCGACAUGGGACACGGGAUGGACGACAUGCACAUGACUUUCUCCUGGGGCAAGAACGCCCAGAUCCUCUUCUCCGGUUGGCCGGGCGAUAGGGGCGGCAUGUACGCCCUUGCGCUCAUCGUCGUCUUCGUCCUCGCAGUCCUCCUCGAGUGGUUCAACUACAGCCGGGUGAUCAGCCCUCGAUGGAGCCGUGUGGUGGCUGGGCUGGUUCAGACGGCCAUGCAUGCGGUCCGCGUCGGCCUCGCGUACGUGGUCAUGCUCGCCGUCAUGUCCUUCAACGUCGGCGUGCUGAUCGCCGUGAUUUUGGGUCAUGCCGUGGGUUUCUUGCUCUUCUACAGCUCUGUGUUCAAGCGGCCGCCGCCGCCGGACGAGGAGUCCAAGGGAUACCUCCGUCCCAUGGCCUGUUGAUGUUGAUUUCUCCAGCUUAAUUCGGUUUUGUUUAUUGUAUCAUCCAAUCGUGCAAUAAAUAUUAUCAGAUUUGGUUUGGUA